AUGAGUUUGCGGUGGAUCCAAGAAAAUAAAGAAGCGCCAACAUGCGACGAAGAGUCCAGUGAUAUUGAUGACAGUGCUACUGAUGACAGUUACGACACCGAUGAAGAUGAAAUAGAUAACGAGAAUUCUCUCAGUCAACCAAGGAAUAAACGCAACUCAACCAGGCAUCCAACCACAACGGUGACCUUUGAAAACGGAAUACCAGUCUAUAAAACCAAUCAAGAGGAUAAUUCAUCGGCUUGUAUAGUCUGGGAUCCCCGUAAUUCUAUUCAAAAUCCAGCUUAUAGAUGUCGGCUAAUUAAAUUGUUCUGUCGCACUGGGUAUCAUCUCACGGUCUCUCCGGCUGGAUUUGUUCUAAUACGAAUUCAAAAUCCAGAAACUGGGCAUUAUUUGGCGUUUAACAAAAAAGGCCACCUUUAUGGAGAGUUAAAAGAAAAUAAAGACAAUACCGAGUGGGAACAAUGGAGUAUUGGCUCUUACGAGGCCUUCAGGUCACUUAAAUACUCUGCUGAAGGAUGGUGGAUUGGAGUUAAGAAGAAUGGACGUCCUAAAUCAGGCCCGAAAACAGCCUGGGGGCAAAGAGCCAUUCAGUUUACCGUAAUUGGGUACAAUUAA